AUUCAGAUUUUGCAUGUUGGAAGGUUGAAGGAGUUUUUGCAUCUAAUUAAGGAGGGAAACAACUUCACAUCAGCACGGACUACACAGGCUUUAUUUCGGUUAUCAUUAUCCUACAACAAAUAUUUGUGACAAUUGCUUACUGAAUUUGUUCAACAACAGGAUAGCAAGCCAACCUUAUACUUUCUUUCAAUCAUGGCUGAAAAAAAGCGUGCGAAGAAUCGCAAAAAUGUAAGCUUGAAGGCCUUGAUAGACACGGGAAGCAACAAAAUUAUCUUCGUUGAGUCCAACAGUGAUUUUAUUGAUGUUCUCUUCAGUUUCUUGACAAUGCCAAUGGGAAGGAUUGUCAGGCUUGCCUGUGCAUCUUCAGUACCGAUGGAAAUAGGUUGUAUGAGAAAUUUGUAUCAGAGUAUUAAGGAAUUUGAUGUGCAUGACUUCCGGUCAAAUGCAUGUAGAGAUAUGUUGUUACUUCCCUGCAAUGCUGCUGAUUGUCAAUGCAAGAACCUCAAGUUGAAAAUUGACAAUGGUAGGCCGACACGGUACUUUCUGUGCUAUGACAAAUGCUUCUUAAGCUAUUAUGGAGAUAUCCUCUGUCCUUCCUGUACUUGUCCCUUGACAAGGGAGAUACAUUUUCCGGUGGAUAAUACUCAAGCUGGAGGAGUCUUUGUGAAAGGGCGAUCCAGGCUGAUAAUUACCGAUGAUUUACAGGUCAUAUCCCCAGUAAGUGCAGCAAGCAUUUGUUUGUUUUCGAAGCUAGGGGUCACGGAUUCUAAAACUACAGAGGAGUUGACUUUCAAUAUGGGAGUUCCGGAGGUUUUGAAUUUGCUUAUGCUUUCGUUUGUAUCAAAGACACCUUUGACUGAAACUCUUCUGAAGAACAAACCAAUACCGGAUUUGGGAGAUGUACAUUCCAGUCAAGGAACAUCGAUUGAUUCUCAAAUGCAUGGCGACACAAUCAAUGAGGAAGAGAAAAACAUUUCUCUUAAGCUUGUAGUUAGCAAGUCUAAAAAGAUUGUUUGUUAUGCAGAAGCACAAGAGGAUUUUGUUAAUCUACUCUGCAGUUUCUUGACUCUCCCACUUGGGUUUAUAUUAACAAAGAUGCGGAAUGUUUCGUGGAAAGGCUGUCUUGAUCAAUUGUACAAGAGUGUCCAAGAUCUUGAUGAGCAAUACUUGAAGUCAAAUUACCACAAGGAAUUGUUGGUCAAUCCAAAACUUGCACCCGGUUUUCGAUGCGAGAACCCUCUGUUAGGAAUCGAGGAGACCUCGUUUUAUUAUGCGGACAAGAAGUUAACUACUGACAAAUCCUGUAUUCCUGAUAAUAGUUCAGCGGAGUUGGUUAAAGUUGAUGUUGUGGAUCCCAAAUCUCAUGAAGAUAAAGAUAAAAGUGCUCAAGGAUUUCUGAGAGGACCUGCUAUCUUCACAGUGACUGACAAUCUAGUUGUAAGACCGAUAUCUCCAAUCCUUGAAAUCUCUGUUCUUCAGGAAUUGAAGGUACCUUUCACUGACAUCGAGGAUCAUACCGUGCAUGUGGGCAAGAGGGAGGCGUUGCUUCUUUUGGCGGCCUCAUUUAUCGGUGAUUCUGCUCUUACCAAUACCUUCAUUUCAGAGCUUAGGGAGCCAAAGCAAGAACAAUAAGGAGGGAUUGGUUACACAAAGAAGAGCUUGCUUUUGUUGUUACUGCAUAGGAAUCCACAGUAUUCCUGUUUGUCUGAGACUAAUUUUUAUUUACAUAUGGUAACAUUUGGGUUUGAGAUCUAUUUGCGAAGGGCUUUUGGACCUGGUUGGCUUUAGGCCAGUUCCGGUUAGUUUCUGUCGAAUAAGUAUUGUGAUAAAGAUCGGUUGUAUCUAGUCGAACUUCGUGAUAUUGUUUAGCUCUAUACUUGUGGAUCCUACUUUUAUUAGAGAAAUAAUUUAAAUGUGAUCU